ACCUCGGUCCCCAUCUCCCGCCAUGGCGGAGGAGCUCUCCGCGGCCACGUCCUACACCGAAGAUGAAUUCUACUGCCCCGUCUGUCAGGAGGUGCUCAAAACGCCCGUACGGACCGCGGCUUGUCAGCACGUUUUCUGUAGAAAAUGUUUCCUGACUGCAAUGAGAGAAAGCGGAAUACAUUGUCCCCUGUGUCGUGGAAACGUGACUAGAAGAGAGAGAGCAUGUCCUGAACGGGCCUUAGACCUUGAAAAUAUCAUGAGGAGAUUUUCUGGUAGCUGCAGAUGCUGUGCAAAACAGAUUAAAUUCUAUCGCAUGAGACAUCAUUACAAAUCUUGUAAGAAGUACCAAGAUGAAUAUGGUGUUUCUUCUGUCAUUCCAAACUUUCAGAUCUCUCAAGAUUCAGUAGGGAACAGUAAUAGGAGUGAAACAUCCACAUCUGAUAACACAGAAACGUAUCAAGAGAAUACAAGUUCUUCUGGGCAUCCCACCUUUAAGUGUCCCUUGUGUCAAGAAUCAAAUUUUACCAGACAGCGUUUACUGGAUCACUGUAAUAGUAAUCACCUAUUUCAGAUAUCCGUUCCUGUGACAUGUCCUAUUUGUGUGUCUCUUCCUUGGGGAGAUCCUAGCCAGAUUACUAGAAAUUUCGUUAGUCAUCUAAAUCAAAGACAUCAGUUUGAUUAUGGAGAAUUUGUGAAUCUUCAGCUAGAUGAGGAAACCCAAUAUCAAACUGCUGUUGAAGAAUCUUUUCAGGUAAACAUCUGAAGGCUGUAGACGUCUCUGCAUCUUUGUACCUGCAAGUGCCAUCUUUAAGGAGAAAACUACAUGAAGUCGCCAUUUCAAUAACUUGAUGUGUAUAUUAAUAAAAGUAAUUCAGUCUAUUGUUUUAGUUUUUAAUUGAAAAAUAA